AUGGCAGCCGCCGCGGCCGACAGAAGCUCCGGCGACUACUUCGCCAUGGCUUGCGGCGUGGCAGGGGAAAGCGCGUGCUCCACUCCCUUCGUCAGCGCGCCGUCCAGCCCAGCCCGCGACCCGUCGUUCCACGCCGCCGCCGGUUUCUGUUUCAGCGCGCCGGUGAGCCCCGCGCGAGGCGCCGAUGGCUGUGAAUACGACUACGACUUCGACUUCUCCUCGCAGUUCCCUUCGCCCGCGGCCGCUGCAAUGUCAUCCGCCGACGAGCUGUUCCACAACGGCCAGAUCCGCCCAAUGCGGCUCUCCUCUUUCCUCCUCCGCUCGCAGGCGCCCCCGCCUCUCGCGGACCGCCCCACCGGCGGCCGGUUGAUGCCGCUGGAGGCAGCGGCGCCAACGGACGAGCGCGGCCGUCUCCGGAGCCGGUCCGUGCACCGCAAGACCCGCUCACUCUCCCCAUUCCGCGCACGCUGGAUGUCGCCUUUAUGUUCGCCUGCUCGGGGGAAAGAUUCUGUCCAGCCGCCGACAUCAGCGUCGCGGUCGUCGUCCUCCUCCUCCAAUACCUCGUCCGGGUCCUCCUCGACCUCGAGAAACUACCACCGGUGGCGGUUCUUCAAGAACCUCGUCCACCAGAAGAAGCCCGACGGCUCCAAGCACCGACCUCCAGCUUCGCUGCCGCCGGCGCCAACGCCAGCGCGCCCCAACAAGAACGCCUCGCUGGUAGCUCCCAAGACGAACCCCACGCCGGCGGUGGGCAGGCGCGGGAGGAGGGCGUCGGCGCACGAGCGGCUCUACGAGGCGAGGCGGGCUGAGGCGGAAGACAUGCGGCGGCGCACUUUCCUGCCGUACCGGCAGGGGCUGCUUCUCGGCUGCCUUGGGUUUGGCUCCCGCGGCUACGGCGCCAUGCACGGCCUUGCUGCCGGCUGCCGCCGUCGGGGUCGGCGGUGGCGGCCGCGUCCGGCUGCCAAAGGCAGGGGCGAUGGUGGCGCGCCCAUGGACUCCCCUUUGCGCGGAGGCGGGGUCCUUCAGGGGCGGCAACGGUGGACGGCGGGUCUGGUGGUGGUGGUCUUUGGCUACAUCACCCGGAUCAUGGCGGGGGACGCGGUGGUGUGGCGGCUCUUGGCGGGGAGGAAGGGCGGCAGAGGGAUCGGGCAGCGGUGGCAAGGUGGAGUUGGAGCGCUCCAUUCUUCAGUGCGUAGUGGUGGAUUGGCCCUGCAAGUACCUAGGCUUGCCGCUUGGGCUUCGCUAGCCCACGGCGGCGCAGCUCCAGCCUGUGGUCGAGAGUGCAACCAAGCGGUUGCCUCCGUGGUGUGCCCGCUUGAUGAACCGUGGAGGUACGACGAUCCUUGUGCAGACUACGCUUUGCGCAAUCCUCAUUCAGCGAUGAUGUCGCUGGACAUUUCCCCCUAUUACCUUGCAAGCUCUCUUGAAGGUUUGCCGCGGUUUCAUGUGGAAAGCUAA